GAGGUGGUGGCGGGUACGUGGGGGGUUGGACAAUCGUACCCUAGGUGUGUGCAUGUGUGGGUGUGGCACGUUUCUAUAAGUGGGGCUACCAAACGGAGUGAUAACUUGAAUAAAACACACUCUUCAGAAAUUGUCCGAAUUUAAGCUCAAACUUGAAACUCAAAUCAUUAAAACUUGUUAUUUCAAUAGGAAGCUAAGAGACACCCCAAAGUAAGAAACAAACCAAGAGAUGAACAAUUACGUACUAUAACAGAUUACAUCUAUACGUAAGGGACAUAGUACUACUUCCAUAUCAUUAACUACAUAGUAUUGUGCUGUAGAUAAAAUGGUAUCAGUCUUUGCGUAACUUCUUUUUAUAUAUCGAGACAGCUUUUCAAAAAACAAUUUCUCCAAGGAAAAAAAAAGGAUAUCAAAAUGAUGAAAUAUUUUGCUGUUUUAUGCCUUCUUUGCGUUCUGCCAAAGUCUUCACAUCAAGAUACAUUAUGUCGCCGUCAAAUGGAUUUAGUUUUUGUCAUUGAUGGGUCCAACAGCUUGGGAGAAUAUAACUUUAACUUGGUACUACAAAAUGUAUCUAAAGCGGUCGAAGAGACAUUGACCAUUGGACCAAACGACACAAGAGUAGGUGUUGUGGUUUACAGUAAAACUGUAACGGCAGUUAUUCAGCUCCAGACCAACAGCAGCCAAUUUAAAAGUGAAAUACUUCAAAUAGAUUAUCCGGACCAGACGACAGCCACUGACCUGGGGAUCGAAAAGGCUGUGGAAAUCCUGUUGUCCCAGAGGCGUAACGUGCCAAUGACCAUGAUGAUCAUUACAGACGGUGUCUCCGACAACAGAACUAGUACUGUGUCAAAAGCUGCAAAUGCCAAAAAAAAAGGCAUCGACAUUUGGGUAGUGGGUGUAGGCAAGGGACUAGAUGUGGACGAGUUGAACUCCAUAGCAACAAAUGGAGCUAAUCAGACAUUUUUUAUCAAAGACUUCAAAGAUUUCGGACUGCAGCUUCAGAAUGUGACGAUAGUGACUUGUGUGAAUACAAAGAUUCCAGUGUGUCGUCGUCCCAUAGAUCUCGUAUUUGUGAUAGAUGGCUCCAACAGUUUGGGCGAAUAUAACUUCAAUUUGAUAAUUCAGACAGUAUCUAACGCUGUGAACAGUUUAGUUGUAGGUCCAAACGACACAAGAAUAGGCGCAGUCUUGUACAGCAGAACAGUAACUAACUUUAUACCACUGCAGACUAACGCAAAACUAUUCAUUGACUACAUACUUCAAUUUGAAUACCCUGACGAGACGACGGCAACAGAUCUUGGUAUAACCAAAGCGGUUGAACUCUUGACCUCACAGAAACGUAACGUCCCGAUGACCAUGAUAAUAAUAACCGACGGAGAGUCGGAUAACAGAACUAAAACCAAACAAGAAGCAGAGUCCGCAAAGUCUAAAGGCAUCAACAUCUGGGGGGUUGGGGUUGGCAAGGGACUUGAUAUGACAGAGUUGGACAACCUGGCAACCAAUGGAGCUCAACAGACUGCGUUCAUCCAGGAUUUCAAAGAAUUCUCUAUUCAGCUUGAAAAUUUAACCAGCACUGCUUGUAAUAAAAUAGAAGUUCCAGUUUGUCGUCGUCCGAUAGAUCUCGUGUUUGUGAUAGAUGGCUCCAACAGUCUAGGAGAAGACAAUUUCAAUUUGAUCAUUAAAACUGUCUCAGAAUCUGUGAAUAGCCUUGUCAUUGGGCCAAAUGACACUAGAGUAGGCGCAGUGCUCUACAGUAGAAAUGUCACCAGUUUUAUACAACUAGUAACAGAUGUUGAUGCUUUUAAGAAAGCCAUACUUGGCUUUCAAUACCCGGAUGAAACAACAGCUACAGAUCUUGGCAUAGAGAAGGCGGUGGAUCUCCUGACGUCACAGAAACGUAAUGUCCCAAUGACGAUGAUAAUAAUAACAGAUGGGGAAUCUGACAACAGAACCAAAACCAAAUUGCAGGCAGAGUCCGCCAAGUCUAAAGGCAUCAACAUCUGGGGAGUUGGCGUGGGCAAAGGGCUUGAUAUGACAGAGUUGGACAACCUGGCAACCAAUGGAGCCCAACAGACAGUUUUUAUCGGUGAUUUUCAAGAAUUUGCAGUCCAGUUGGAAAAUUUAACCAGCGCAGCCUGUAACAAAAUAGAAGUUCCAGUUUGUAGUCGUCCAAUAGACCUCGUGUUUGUGAUAGAUGGCUCCAACAGUCUAGGAGAAGACAACUUCAAUUUGAUCAUUAGAACUGUCUCAGAAGCUGUAAAUAGUCUUGCUAUUGGACCAAACGACACGAGAGUAGGCGCAGUACUUUACAGUAGAACUGUCACCAACUUCAUUCAGCUAGUAUCAGAUGUCGAUGUUUUUAAGAAAGCCAUACUUGGUUUUCAAUACCCGGAUGAGACAACAGCAACAUUUCUUGGCAUAGCCAAAGCGGUAGAGCUGUUGACGUCACAGAAACGUAACGUACCCAUGGCAAUGAUGAUAAUAACUGAUGGAGAGUCAAACAACAGAACCUUGACCAAACAAGAAGCAGAGGCAGCCAAGUCUAAAGGGAUCAACAUCUGGGGAGUUGGCGUGGGAAAAGGGCUUGAUAUGACAGAGUUGGACAACCUCGCAACCAAUGGAGCCCAACAGACGGUAUUUAUUGAAGAUUUUAAUCAGUUUACUGCCCAGUUUGAGAAUCUGACCAGCUCAGCGUGUAACAAGAUAGAAACCUCUGUCUGCCGAAGUCCAAUGGAUCUCAUGUUUGUCAUUGAUGGCUCCAACAGUCUAGGAGAAGAUAAUUUUAACCGAAUCUUAUCAACUGUAUCUACUGCUGUCAACAGUCUGGUUUUAGGCCCAAAUGACACACGAGUUGGGGCUGUGCUGUACAGUAGAAUUGUCAACACAUAUAUUGACCUAAUAACAGAUGUAGCCAUAUUUCGACAAGCUGUACUCAGCUUGCAAUACCCUGACGAGAACACGGCUACAGAUCUCGGGAUAGCGAAGGCUGUGGAGCUGCUGACGUCACAGAAACGAAACGUCCCGAUGACCAUAAUAAUAAUAACCGACGGGGAGUCCAACAACAGGACUAAAACCAAACAACAGGCAGAGGCGGCGAAAGCUAAAGGCAUCAACAUCUGGGGUGUUGGAGUGGGUAAAGGACUUGAUAUGACAGAGUUGAACAACCUGGCCACUAACGGAGAUCAACAGACAGUUUUUAUUGAAGACUUUCAACAGUUCACUAAUCAGCUGGAAAAUUUAACCACAGCGGCAUGCAAUAGAAUAGAAAUAGUUGCCACAACAGUUGUAACGCCAGAUGUAUUUGAUAGAGACAUCAGUGUUUGUUAUAAUUACCUGGACCUCGUGCUGGUCAUCGAUGGCUCCAAUAGUAUCGGUGAAGCGAUCUUCAUCAACGCGCUCAACACUAUUGCUAAAGCUGUUAACACUUUAGAAUUCGGAGACAACUACACAAGAGUUGGCGUCAUUGUCUACGGGGAUGCAGUCACUGGAACUUUAAAUUUUCAGUCCAACAUUAGUGACUUUCAGAGAGAAGUGGUGGCGUUUGAAUAUCCUGACACACAGACACGAACAGAUUUAGGAAUCAAAGCGGCUGUUGCAAUGCUGAGCUCUAGUAUCAGAUUUAACGUUUCUAAAGCCAUAAUGAUCAUCACAGAUGGACAAUCUACAAUAAUAGAUGAGACCAAACAUCAAGCAGACGUGGCCAAGAGCAGAGGUAUCGACAUAUGGGGAGUGGGGGUCGGUGACAAAGCCGACAUGAAUGAGUUGGCAACUCUAACAACUAACGGAGCCCAACAGGCUUUCAAAAUCGGAUCUUAUGAUGAUCUUUCUAUACGGAUGAAAAAUCUGACAAGACAAGUGUGUGAUGAAACAGUUGUUCUUCCUACAUACGAGCCACCAACAACACCAUCCCCGACAACACCUACAACAACUACUGCAUCUACAACUACAAUUACGACUACCACAACACCUACAACAACACCAACCACUACCACGACAACGCCAACCACUACCACGACAAUGCCAACCACUACCACGACAACGCCAACCACUACCACUACAACGCCAACCACUACCACUACAACUCCAACAACUACGACCACAACAACAACCACAACUACUACAACACCAACGACUACCACAACGCCAACAACUACCACUACUACACCAUCCACAACUACUACAACGACAACCACCACAACACCAACUACUACCACAACAACACCAACCACUACCACAACAACACAAACCACUUCCACAACAACACCAACCACUACCACAACAACACCAACUACUACCACAACAACACCAACCACUACCACAACACCAACCACUACCACAACAACACCAACCACUACCACAACAACAACAACCACUACCACAACAACACCCACCACUACCACAACAACACCCACCACAACUACUACAACACCAACCACAACUACCACCAAACCAACAACGACUACAACAACGCCAACAACUACCACGACAACGCCAACCACUACCACGACAACGCCAACCACUACCACGACAAUGCCAACCACGACAACCACAACGCCAACCACUACAACACCAACCACAACUACCACCACGACAGCUACGACAAGAACAACCACUACGACACCAUCCACUACGACCACAGCGUCAACCACCACAACAACAGCUCCCACCACCACCUUAACUACAACAGUGGCAUUAACUACAACAGCCAUUAUUAAAAGACCUGCUGGGCCCCCAAUUAAAGACCCGUGUGAAGGAGGCGCAUUUAUCAAUGACGUUGCUCAUCUUCCUUAUCCUGAUGAUUGUUCCAAGGUGAUUCAGUGCUAUCACAACCCUCGCACCAACAAAACCUUGAUGGUCAUUAGACGAUGUCCUCUAGGACAGUUUUGGGACCAAGAGACCUUAGACUGUGCCCCAAGCUGGAAAGUUAGCUGCCCGUUCGAUAAAUGCCAAAAGACUUGUAAGUUGGAUCCCCUCUGGGACUACUCUAUAGCAGAGGAACAUGGGGCAAUGACCUACCAAAUGGUCGGAAGCCGGAGAGGCUACUACGCUUGCCACGAAGGGAAAUCAUUCCCCAAAUGCUGCCCGCGAAACUUUGUCUAUGUCAGGGGCGUAGGUUGUCAGCUGAGUUACGGGGCAUGUGAGAAGUGUGGGCCCGAGGACACGUGCAGUAAUGGAGUCACUUUGUGUGAGAAAGUCCCAGUGUGGGAGAACCAAAGGACGUACCAGGUGUUGACCCAGGUCAUAGGUCACUUCCCAGUGUCCUGCAUCUACGCUGAUUUUAACAUAGUAGACUGCGGCUGUAACGUGAGGACCUUAAGUGAGCAACUCCAGAACACGCCAACUUGCUCACCUUACUUCCAGAGCAACACAACUUCAAACUGUACAGAUCAGAUCAUUGAAGUGCCUGUUAUACGAAGACAGUCUGAAACAAGUCCAGUGACUCUCAAAUUUUCAUUGAGCCUCUCUUCGCCACAUUUUCGCAUCGUGUCUGCCCCAGAGUCCAAAUGUCAUGAUGACUUUACUCUGAAAAUCUGGGGAGACGAAGAGACAAUUAACGUCGUUGUCGGCAACAAGCGAGACAGAGACAGGGGUCUCUCUAAGGCAACUGUCUUGUGGCAGACUGCAACAGGUGAUGUGAGUCUAGUGAUUGUAUUCCACAAUGGGUUGAUGACUCUCGGAGUGACACAAGACAGUUACGAGGUUGUCACUACAGUUGAAGCGCCUCUGGAAGGUAAAUGUCAGGAUUGCGUGCAUCGUUUUAUGAUGUCCUCAAAGUUCCAAGAUACAUGUCCGUUAACUAAGAUACAGCUUUUCGACUGUCUUCAUUAUUUCAACAAUAUCUACACACCAAGUUAAAGGUGAUACAUGAUGUAGCAUUGAAAAUGUUGGAAUGUGUUAGAAAAACAAUAAAAAGAAAAUACUAUUUUA